GCUAAAAAGAAAAUCAAAAAGAAAAGAUUUUGUUUGGUCCGGGCCUUAAUUAAGGUCUUUUUUGACGCGUCCCGUGAGCAACGUGGCAGCACAGGAGAGGGCGAUGUAAACGAAGUCGAUGAAACCUAUUCCGUGUGUUUCUCCUCUUUUGUCGAAACUGAAGCGAAAUCGAUUCACCGCUGUCGAUCUGAUUCGCCUCAAUCCGCUUCUCCUCGAUCCGUUUCUCUUCGCUCUGUUUCCUCUCCGACAUCGAUUCAGUCCACCUCCGAACAGUUUCCUUUGGACAUCGAUUCAGAGUCGACCCAAACUUGGGAAGGUAGACAUAAACAUGGGACUCCACAGCUACAGCCAGCCUUCGCAGUCUGACGAUAUAUUUUGCAACUCAGAGGACGGUAGCUUCAGCGAGAUGGAAGAUCUCAUUCGACGUGACCAAGCUGAGUUAAGCUUACACGCUAGUUCACAGGUUCAGUAUCCUCCUCAACCAGAGGUUGAGUUUGGCAUCCCACAAACUUGUUACUGCGGUGCUAAGCCUCUCCUUGCAACAUCUCGGACUGAUCCAGGUUAAGUAAAAUCUCGUCUAGUCUUGUAAAGGGUAAUCACCUCCUGAUAUACUGUCUUCUUCAUAGUCUUGCGUGUGUGUUCACCACAGGUAGACGAAUCUACACAUGUGAGAACGUGGACGAUGGAGAGUGCCAUGUUUGGAAAUGGUGGGAUGAAGCCAUGAUGGAAGAGAUGCGAGCCCGAGAUCGACAUGUGAUUCAGCUAGAGGAAAAGGUGGACAAUCUUUCACUUUGCAGUGACAUCGAGACUGACCAGCGACUGGUUAGAGUUGAGAAAAUGGUGGGUGAUAUAGGAAAGGAACAAUCCAAGCUUAGGCUGGGAUUUGAGUACUUUGUAAGUGCAAUGAUUGUGGUGACAGUUUUACUUGGAAUUGUGCUGAUGGUUAAGUAAAUGAAGAUGGUGAUGUAUUGAACUUUAUGUAAUAUGAUGUAUGGACUUCGAACUUUAUGUAAUAUGAUGUAUUGAACUAUAUGUAUUAUGUCUUAAUGUAUCAGACUUUAUAGUGUAAGUGUUUUGUUAUGUAGUUUUUUUGCAUUUUAACGCAUAGAUUUGCAUGGCCACAGAAACAGGUUGCGUUGAUUUCAAAUAUACAAUUAUAUCAGAACAUGUACUUUCCAUUGUUUGUUUGUAUCACGGGAAAGAAAGCUUUAAGUCACAAGAUGAGAUGAGAGUCACGAGAUGAACUAAAGACCAAUUAUAAAUAAGACACUUCUUCUUUCAUAAACACUUGUACUUCUCCUUACAUUCAUAUCUUCUUCUUUCUUUCAUAACUUCGUUUUUCAUAAACACUUCCACUUCUCCUUGUUUCAUUCCUUUAAAUUUCUUUUUAAAAAUGGCAUCUUCUUCCCAUUAUCAUUACCAUAGAGGAGGUGAUGAUAAUGCAUUUGAAGGCGUAUUUGAUGAUAUAUUUGAAGAUCUCGAAGCUAUUCCCGAACCAAAAGAGCGAAAAAAACGUAUUUUUAUCGAGAGAAAUCGGGAAGAAGGCCACAACAACCUUUGGAAUGAUUAUUUUAGCGACACUCCAACAUAUCCGCACAAUUUGUUCCGCCGACGAUUUCGAAUGAACAAGUCAUUGUUCUUAUAUAUUGUGCAUCGUCUCUCUACUGAAGUUGAGUAUUUUAAACCCAAAGAAGAUGCAACCGGACGGUCUGGUUUAUCGCCUCUCCAGAAAUGUACCGCAGCAAUUCGUCAAUUGGCGUAUGGUGGUGGAGCUGAUCCCGUAGACGAAUAUAUACGACUUGCUGAAACAACAUCUCGUAAAUGUUUGCACGAAUUUACCGCCGGAAUAAUCCACUUGUUUGCCGAUGAAUACCUCAGACGUCCCACAGUGGAGGAUCUUCGGAGACUACUCCAUGAGGGUGAAGAACGGGGAUUUCCCGGAAUGAUUGGAAGCAUCGACUGUAUGCAUUGGGAGUGGAAGAAUUGCCCCACUGCCUGGAAAGGAAUGUAUUCACGAGGAACCGGAAAACCAACAAUUGUGUUGGAGGCCGUUGCUUCAUAUGACCUCUGGAUAUGGCACGCUUUCUUUGGCGCUCCAGGUACUUUGAACGAUCUUAAUAUUCUGGAUAGAUCACCUGUUUUUGAUGAAAUUAUUAACGGGAAAGCUCCCCAAGUAAACUACUAUGUCAACGGAAGGGAAUACAAUUUGGCGUAUUAUCUGACGGAUGGUAUCUAUCCAAAAUGGGCGACUUUUAUUCAGUCUAUACGACUGCCACAGGGUGCAAAAAAUUCUUUAUUUGCUACGCGUCAAGAAUCCGUUCGAAAAGAUGUCGAGCGGGCCUUUGGGGUCCUCCAAGCUAGGUUCGCCGUUGUUAGAAAUCCUUCUAAUCUAUGGGAUAAAAACAAAAUAUCGAAUAUUAUGCGAGCAUGUCUCAUACUCCAUAAUAUGAUUGUCCAAGAUGAACGGAAUUCAGAUACUCUUGAAGAAUUUCAAGAUGACGAUUUUACUUUUACCGUCAAAAAGGCUAAAAAACCCGGCAAUAUAAUUGCUCGUCGUAAAGAAGUUCGGGAUCCACAUAUCCAUCAACAAUUAAAAGAAGAUUUGAUUGAACAUAUAUGGGAUAAAUUUGGACAUCUUCCAAAUUACAUAUAAUGUGUUUUUGCUUUCUAUGAUUUAAAUAAAAUGUUUCUCUUAUUUUAUUUAUGCAUUUUGUAAUUUUUUUCCACUCCUUUGUAUUUUAAUUUUCAUGUUCUACGUAUUUUAA